AGACCUACACCUACAGUAGACCCACAAUCAUCCAUUUUCGUCCGCCGCUUCCGCAAACUCCUUCGAUUGCCUCCUCGUGCGAAUGCAGUUUCGAACAAUCAGCCUCGUGACCCCCUAGAUGUAUGUCUUUUGAUCUUUUUUUCGCCGCAGUUGACUCGAAGAUUACUUUCCAGUUCCCUGCUACAUCUGCCUUACCUCCCGACCACUCUUUCUUAGCCCAGGCAACAAAUUUAGAAACGAGUUCUCCCCGCCACGCGAGCGGCCUUAAGCAGUUCCUGCGGCAGCACCUUUCCUUUCGGCGAAGGCCCAGCCACGAACCACCUGAAAUUGAAGUCGCACCCGGACGCAAGUUCACUCGGCUUGCAGCUGCUAAGCUACCAGAAUACAGGAAAGCCAAUGAUACUCGACGUCCAUCUGGACAGCAGCCUGGCGCGUCGUCGUCCACGGCAGCAAAUGACCCAGCGUCCGAGUCGUCUGACCUGGAUUCUCUUCCAGACGUGCACUGGUGCAAGGCGUUCUUCUGCUACUACUCGUGCUGGUCUCAUGGAAGGCUGAGGAUGCCUCCACGAUGGCGCUUGGAGCGGGUUUACCCACUCCAGCAGGCUGGCACGACGAGUGGCAGUGGUGGAGGAGCUCAUGGUCGCAGUUAGCUCCAUGAUCUACAAAACUCACCCUGCAACACAUUUCAAUGGAUCUUGACAAAUCUCUGUUGCGCCAUCAGAGAAACCUUCCCUCUGACGCAAAAUUGAGGCUACUCAAUCAAAAAUAACACUAGUUAACUCCAAGUCAAAGUGACAGUCAUGGUGUUGUUCAUGGUCGUAGUUUGCUCAUUGGGCACCAAUAGUUAUUUUUUUCUGCAACUGAUAUGAUUUCAUACCUCUGUGCGAUUCAGGUAUAUACAUUUCGAAUGGCGUACUUUCAAAACGGUUGAGAUAUAAC